CUCAGCAGAGCCCUAUCGCUGCGAGUGGCCGAUUAAGCGAGAAUUGCGAGUUGUGGGCACAUCCCGGAAUUUCGAGCCAACUUCUGGACAAUUGAACUCUUUCGACAACCCAUACACAUACCCUCCGACCAAAUUCGACAUGGCCGAUAUCGAUGUCAAGGUCGCUUCCUGGAAGCUGGUUGAGGUUGGCCGCCUGGUGCUGAUCCGCGCCGGUCCCUACGAGGGCAAGCUCGCCGCUGUCGUUGAGAUCGUGGACCACCGCCGUGUCCUGGUCGACGGUCCCUCCACCGAGGAGAACAAGAUCGUUCCCCGUCACGUUCUUCCUCUCGCCCACGCCACCCUCACUCACUUCACCAUUCCCCAGCUCCCCCGUGCUGCCGGUACCGGUCCCGUGAAGAAGCUUUGGGCUAAGAACGAGAUUGAUGGCAAGUGGGCCAAGAGCUCUUUCGCUCAGCGCACCGACCGCUCCGAGCGCCGCAAGAACCUGUCCGACUUCGAGCGCUUCAAGGUCCUCCGUCUCCGCAAGCAGGCCCGCUACGAGGUCCAGAAGUCCUUCGCCAAGGUCCGCGCUGCCACCAAGGCAUAG